AUGCACGCCAAAACUUUCUUGCUGGCCGCUGGCCUGGCGCAACUUGCGUCUGCCGACUGCCCCUUCGCCGCCAAGCGUGAUACCCAGCAGAACUUGUUGCCCCCAAGGGAAAUCGCCGAAGACUUUGGACGAUGCCGCAUUGCCAGUAACCAGGCUGGUGGCGGCACACGAAGCUCGGACUUUUGGCCUUGCCAGCUACGACUCGAUGUUCUACGACAGUUCUCGCCACAGUUCAACCCACUAGGCGAGGAUUUCGACUACGCCGAAGCUUUCAAGUCUCUGGACUUCGAGGCUCUCAAGAAGGACAUCCACGCUCUUCUCACUGAGUCUCAGGACUGGUGGCCCGCUGACUUCGGUAACUACGGAGGUCUCUUCAUCCGUAUGGCCUGGCACAGCGCUGGUACUUACCGUGCCAUGGACGGCCGCGGUGGUGGCGGAAUGGGUCAACAGCGAUUCGCUCCCCUCAACAGCUGGCCCGAUAACCAGAACCUUGACAAGGCCCGUCGUCUGAUCUGGCCUAUCAAGCAGAAGUACGGCAACAAGAUCUCUUGGGCUGAUCUUAUGCUCCUCUGUGGCAACAUUGCCCUCGAGAACUCAAACUUCAAGACCCUUGGUUUCGCCGGUGGUCGUCCUGACACCUGGCAAGCCGAUGAGUCUAUCUACUGGGGUGCCGAGACUACAUUCGUCCCCAAGGGCAACGAUGUUCGCUACAACGGUAGCACUGACAUUUACGAGCGCGCCAACAAGCUCGAGAAGCCUCUUGGUGCUACUCACUUAGGUUUGAUCUACGUCAACCCCGAGGGCCCUAACGGUACUCCCGACCCCAAGGCUUCGGCCCUUGAUAUCCGUGAGGCUUUCGGCCGUAUGGGUAUGGAUGAUGAGGAGACUGCUGCUCUUAUCAUCGGUGGACACACCCUUGGAAAGACUCACGGUGCUGUUCCUGGAAAGAACAUUGGCCCUGAGCCUGCGGCUGCUGACCUUGGAGAGAUGGGUCUCGGAUGGCACAACCGUGUUGGUGAAGGCAACGGCCCCAACCAGCAGACCAGUGGUCUCGAAGUCAUCUGGUCCAAGACCCCUACCAAGUGGAGCAACCACUUCCUCGAGAGUCUUCUCGGCAACCAAUGGACCCUCGUCAAGUCUCCCGCUGGCGCCCAUCAGUGGGAGGCUGUUAACGGCACAGUUGACUACCCUGAUCCUUUCGUCAAGGGCAAGUUCCGCCGCGCCACCAUGCUCACCUCUGAUCUCGCCCUCAUCAACGACGACUCCUACCACAAGAUUUGCAAGCGCUGGCUCAAGAACCCCGAGGAGAUGAACGAGGCCUUCGCCAAGGCUUGGUACAAGCUUCUCCACCGUGAUCUCGGACCCGCUUCUCGAUACCUCGGACCCGAUGUUCCUAAGGAGAAGUUCAUCUGGCAAGAUCCCCUCCCUGAGCGAAAGGGAGAUGUUAUCACCGACGAGGAUGUUUCUAGCCUCAAGACUGCCAUCCUCGGAGCCGACGGUCUCGAUGUUUCCAAGUUGGUUUCUACUGCCUGGCAAUCCGCUUCUACCUUCCGUGGAACCGACAAGCGUGGUGGUGCCAACGGUGGCCGCAUUGCUCUUGAGCCUCAAGUCAACUGGGCCAGCAACAACCCCAAGCAGCUCAAGCAGGUUCUCUCUGCUCUCAAGAGUGUCCAGAAGGAGUUCAACGCCAAGUCCGGCUCCAAGCAGGUUUCCCUUGCCGAUCUGAUUGUUCUCGGUGGUGUUGCCGCUGUUGAGAAGGCUGCCAAGGAUGCCGGUCUCAAGGACGUUGUCGUUCCCUUCACCCCUGGCCGUGUCGAUGCUACUCAGGAGAUGACCGACAUCGCUCAGUUCAACUACCUCGAGCCCCUUGCCGAUGGCUUCACCAACUACGGACACGGAACUGCUCGUGCUCGCACCGAGGAGAUUCUUGUCGACCGUGCUGGCCUCCUCACCCUUACCCCACCUGAGAUGACCGUCCUCGUCGGAGGUCUCCGUGCUCUCAACGCCAACUUUGACGGCUCAUCCAACGGUAUCCUGACUGAGAAGAAGGGCCAAUUGACCAACGACUUCUUCGUCAACCUUUUGUCUCCUGCCUACAAGUGGUCCAAGAAGGACGAGCGCGGCGAGCUCUGGACUGCCACCGACCUUUCUACCAAGUCCACCAAGUGGACUGCCACACGCGCUGAUCUUGUCUUCGGAUCUCACGCCGAGCUCCGUGCCAUUUCUGAAGUUUACGGUAGCGCUGAUGCCAAGGAGAAGUUCGCCAAGGACUUCAUUGCUGCUUGGACCAAGGUCAUGAACCUUGAUCGCUUCGACGUCAAGGAGAGCAAGUAG